AUGGUCGAAAGACCUCGUGGUAUUCUAAAUUCAAAUCCUGGAUCCUCUCAAAGGGCUUAUGGGAACUAUUGUAGGACCUUAGUCAUAGAGAAGCUGGCAGACCGAGUUCGGUAUAUCUUGCGCUCAAAUAUAUUUGAUGGCGCCGAACUCGAACGGCUACGACGUGAGGCUGUUCCCUCAUCAAAUGAAAAUGCUGCGGCUGAGGGUGCGGUGCCACAAGUUGCUGAGCAAACCGCACAUGUGGAUGCCGCCGUGAAUACCCCAGUGGUGGUUGAUUCAAAUGAUGAUGGAACAGUCGCCCAGGAACUGGAAAUAGAGCAAAUGAGGAGUACAUUGGAAGUGGCGAUUGUGGAAACGCGCAGUACGACUCUCGAAAAUCGACCGCGACUUCCCCGCUUAGCCCUAAGCAAGCGGAAUCGGGCUGUCGUGAGUGCUCUAAACCCAAUGCUGGUGACCUAUUUGGAAGCCAGCCGGGACCUUUGCGAUACGGACUCAAUUCUCUUUGGCGCCGCACUGGCAGUCUGCCGUAUUAUAGGUGCCAAACUUUCCACAGCUGGACGCGCUACUGGACAAAGUAGUGCUAUCCCAGCCUGGAGAAUAAGAAUUGAAGAACGUAUCGCAAAGACUAGGGCCCUCAUCGGCAGACUGAUAUGCUUCAGGUCAGGCAAUACCAGGCCAAGGAUUGUGCGCACCGUCAGGAUGGCGUUUGCUGGGACAAAUGUUAGUUUGUCCCAGCCGGAUAUAAUGCAAAAACUGACGGAGCGCAUAGACGACCUGAAGCAGAGAAUAGCUGCUUGGGGAAAGCGGAUUCGGCGAUAUACCGAGAGGUCGACACGGUUCAUCCAGAAUCGUCUCUUCCAGAGUGAUCAGAAGAGGCUCUAUAAAUCAUUGGAGCGACCAAUGGUAAGUGGAACGGGCCCUGCACCGAAUCAGGCCGACACGGUCGCGUUCUGGCGCAGCCUGUGGUCAGAGCCCGUAAACCACAACGAGGGCCCUUGGACGGAAGUUGUGGCGAGUGAGUGUGCGGGUAUUACGCCCAUGGACCCCGUCACCAUAACGCCGGAUGACGUAGCUGAGGCGGUCCGUAGGGCCCCGAACUGGAAAAGUCCGGGGCUCGACGGGCUGCAUCACUACUGGCUGAAGGGGUUCGUGGUAGUGGAUAAUGAAAAAAUCGACUCUUCCAAAGGUCUAAUAAAGGGCACGGCUCUCAUACAUAUAACGCAUUUUUUCCACCACUGCAGGAAAUUUACAACCUGA